AUGUCGCUAGCAGAUGGCGAGUACGACAUCGACCUCCUGGCCCUCAUCGAAACUCCGUCCGUGUCGGGUAAUCCGGACGAAAAUGUAGCUGUUCGUUACGGCUUUAUUCCUGAUUCGAUGGACCAUACAAAGCCUCUUACCCUCUACCAAAACGAACAGGAAUGUCUUUUACGUGCCAGUUCCACUGACGGCUCGGAUAUCGUAUUUGAAGGCAUACCUCAACGGCACAAGCCGUCCACUUCAAACGUCGCAAAUGACUCGUUCUACUUUCUGUACGUCCCGAAGAAGGGCGAUUCUUCAUCUGUCCAGCUUAAGCGAUUGAGCACGUCGAUACGAUUCAACAAGUCACGAAAUGUUGCAAAACUUCAGCAGAAAAUGGCCCAAUGGGAUAAAGAGUAUUCUCGAAGGCUGACUACUGCAAGUACAAAUGCUACUUCCACAACUUCUUCAUCUACCACAAGUUCAACUUCUAUAACAUCCUCAUAUUCUGGUAUCACUGCUACAUCUUCCAAACCUCUCAAAAGUAGCAGGCCCAGUCCGAAUAUUGGAGCUAAAACGUCUCCUUCCAAAUCCACAGCUUCUUCACGAAUGCUGACUCCUCCUUAUCGUCCCAAGCUGCUGGCAUCCAAAAGACCUCCUACAGCCAACAAUACGCCAGUGAUAGAGGCGCCGGACUCCAUUAUCACCGAGUCGGACUUUGAGGACUUAGACAACGACUUUGAUUUGCUGUCCAAGUCGACUGACUUUCCCAUCAUUGUACUAAAUGACGAUGCUACCCCUGUUGAACCAGCAGCAAAAGAUAUAAAGCCUAAAAGUAAACCAGAAGAGACUAAGCCCAGACCAGCUGUACGGGAAAAAAGGAAACCCACAGCACAGAAAACUACUUCGGCACCUAAACCAGCUAUUGUGGAAAAGGCAGACGAGUCAAUGGAUUUGAUGGACGACUUCAAAGACUUGGAAGACCAGCUACAAGAAGUAUUGGAAGAAGAGGAAGAAGAAACAAGCGCACCCCCACCAGCAUUCAAAGACCAGAGAGCCAAGCCUCUUUCGAAAUCUAUAUCUAUUGGAAGUUUGAACGAUUCUGACGAAAGUGAUGCUGAUGACUACCAGUUCCCAGGUAUCAGAAUAGAAGAAGAAGUAGCUGUGGAAAAACACACAAAGUUCAAUGACUUCAAACCUGAUUCUCUGUCUAAUCAGAAACCAAUGAGUCUCCGAGACUUGAUUGGUGGAAAGAAAACAUCACCGGAUGAUGAUUUAAGCAGCAGCGAAGAAGAAUAA